AUGAUGGAUAUUAGUCAUUAUUCACAAACGAAUUAUUAUUUUAUUAUUAUAAUUAACUUAUGUUUAUUAAUUCAAGGUCAAUUCUAUUUACCUAAUGAAUGUUUUAUGACAUUUGAUAAUGCAUCAGUAACAUCUGACCCUUCAAAUCCAAAUACAAAUAUAUUUCUAUGUCCAUCAUCAUGUUAUACAAUGCGAUAUCUAUCUAAUCAACAAGAAUAUCCAUUAUUUGGUAAUGAAACAUAUUCAGGAAAUUCGCUGAUAUGUAAAGCAGCUUUACAUGAUGGUCGUAUUGCUCCAUGGAAUGAAACAAAUUCUACAAUAUUAAUAAGAAAUAGUUCAUUUCGAUCAUCAACAUUUAUAAGCACGCUUAGAAAUGGAAUUCUUUCAACUAAAUUAGUUGGUAAUUCAUAUUUAGUUUAUCAAUUUCUUAAUAAUCGAAUAAAUGAAACAUCAAUACCUGAUAUAGCUAUUGAACAUCGAAAAUAUCUUUAUUCUCAAAAUCAAUCAUCAAGUAUAACAUGUAGAAGUAAAUUAGAUCUUUAUCCAAUUCAAUCGAUUAAUAUUGAUCAAGGAUGGAAACAUUGGACAGAAAAUCGUUUAAAAUAUUUUACAUUUCCUCGAAAUUUAACUCGAAAUCAAUCAUUAACUUUUUGUUUAAAUAAUAAUGGAACAUUAAUGUAUUGGGCAAAUUCAACUGAACAAGAAAUACUUCAAAGAAUUCUUACAACAACAAUUCAUGAUUUAUUUCAUUUUCAAAGAAGUUCAGCUAAUAAUAAUACAUUAACUUUUUUUAUUGGUUUAAAACAAAUUAAUCGAAUUAAACAAUGGGAAUCAAAUGUUAUUUCAUAUAAUAAAUCAUUGGAAACAAAUUUUACUUCAAUAAUAAAUGAAGAAGAUUAUUGUACAAUAAUUCAAUCAAAUGGUUCUAAUAUUCAAUCAAUAAGAAUAUAUGAUCAUAAAUGUGAUGAUAUAAGUAUUCGUGGAUAUCCACUUUGUCGUCUUUUACCAUCUGUUAUAAAUGAUGAAAAUGAUUUUAUUUAUCGUAUUGAAACAGAUAAUGAAGCAAAAAAUUUAAUUGGUGUUAUUGAUUUUUGUUCGGAAUUAGGUGGAUAUCCAAUUUAUGCAAAUAAUGCUUAUGAAUGGCAAUUAAUUCAAGAAAUAAUGUUAAAAGAUUCAAAUUUUAAUGUUGAUUAUGUUUAUACAAGUUUAAUAUCUCAAACAAAACAAGUUCAAGAUGCAUAUUGGAUGCCAAGAAAUAUUUCUUACAAUAGUUCAUUAGAUUAUAUAUGGUUUACUGGAUCUCGAGGUACAGAUCGAACAGGAUAUCAUUUAUCAAAAGCUUAUGAUGAAUCUUAUUAUGCUUUAUAUGAUAUAAAUCCAUAUUCAAAUUUAAAUAGACUUCGAUUUUGUCGUAAAGAUGAUAUUCGAACAUUAAUAAAACAAUCUUCAUUAUGUAAUUAUAAAUCUUGUAUAUCAAAAUGUUUAAAUAUAACUCUUCCAAAUCAAAGUGAUGAUGCAAGAUUUGGUUUUUAUAGUUGUAUACCAAAAAAUAGUUUAGUUGGAAUUGUUUAUACACAAUCAUUUCCUGAUUAUGGUGAUUUUAUUCGACCUAAUCUACCAAUGGAUUAUAGUGUUGGACUUCGAAGAAAAUUUAAUGAAUCAUUAAUAUUAAAUUUUGAACAAACAGAUAAAGAUCUUCGUUAUGAUUGUUAUGAAUAUAUAAAUUUUGAUAGAUUAUCAACAUUAAAUGAUACAAUUAAAUUAUUAUGUGAUUCAUCAAAUACAAAUAAUAAAACAAUAAAUGGAAUUAGUUUUAAAAAAGAUUUUAAUGGUCUUAUAUCAAUUUCUUUAGAAAAUAAACGAAUAUCAGGACAUCAUACAAGAUUUAUUGAUUAUCAACUUUACGAUAGUCGAUGUAGUUAUCAAGGUAUAUAUCAUCCAUAUAUAAAUCAAUGUAUUUGUGCACCAGGUUUUUAUGCAAAUCAAUGUCAAUAUAGUUGUCCACCAGGUUAUUACGGACAAACUUGUGAUUAUUAUUGUCAAGGUGAUGAUGAUUAUUGUAAAGGUUUAUUAAUUUGUUUACCUGAUCCAUAUGGAUGUUCAUGUUAUACUGGUUGGUAUGGAACUAGUUGUAAUAUAAGUUGUCCAAUUAAUCAAUAUGGACCUGAUUGUUCUUAUCAAUGUCCAUGUUCAAAUUGUAAUAGAUUUACAGGUGUUUGUAAUUGUACUGGAACAGAAUGUUAUAAUGGUAUAUAUACUCGUUCGGAAUUACAAUCAAGAUGUUCAUCAUCGUCGUCAUCAUCAUCAUCUAAUUUAGUAUUAUUAAUCGUUAUUCCAAUAAUUAGUUACAUUCAAAACGUGGAGAAAAUAAUAUGA